AUGAGGAUGGAAGGUGGGGAGGAGAUGCAGGGCGCCGUGGGGCUGCGCUGCGCCUGGGACAUCGCGCCACCCGCUGGCACUCCGGCCAAGUGGGUGAGGCUCAAUGUGGGGGGCACCGUCUUCCUCACCACCAGACAGACUCUGUGUCGGGAGCAGAAAUCUUUCCUGUGUCGCUUGUGCCAGGGCGAGGAGCUUCAGUCGGACCGGGAUGAGACUGGUGCAUACCUAAUAGACCGGGACCCCACUUACUUUGGACCUAUUCUGAACUUCCUCCGUCAUGGAAAGCUGGUCCUGGAUAAAGAUAUGGCUGAAGAGGGAGUUCUAGAAGAAGCUGAGUUCUAUAACAUUGGUCCUUUAAUCCGAAUAAUCAAGGAUCGGCUGGAGGAGAAGGACUACACCGUAACUCAGGUGCCUCCUAAGCAUGUCUACCGUGUGCUACAGUGCCAGGAAGAGGAGCUCACCCAGAUGGUGUCCACUAUGUCAGAUGGAUGGCGCUUUGAGCAGCUUGUGAACAUUGGUUCUUCCUAUAACUAUGGGAACGAGGAUCAGACAGAGUUCCUGUGUGUGGUCUCCAAAGAGCUGUACAAUUCCUCCAGUGGCCUGAGCUCUGAGCCCAGCCAGAAAGCCAAGAGCACAGAGGAGGACCUGGAGGAGGAAGAGCAGGAGGUGGAGGACGAAGCAGAAGCGGAGGAGAAAGACUGUUUGUCUGUUUGGGGUUGCACUAAACUUUCUUCCUCCAGACCCUCCCUCCUGCUCCCCACCAUGUCCAUCCCAGCACUGCCACCUCCUUCCAGCACUGUUACCACCUCCCACCCUGCCCCACAUCCCAGCUUUCAGCAUCCUUCCCUCUGCUCUCUUUGCCCAUCAGGGCUCAGAAUGGUCCCUGUCUCUCUGCACUCCUCACCUUUCCUCCUCUGCAGGUACGUUACCUGUCUGCGCUCUCAGCUCCUGCCAGCCUGA